AUGUCAAUGUUAUCUCCUGAAAUCAAAUUUGAGACUUCUAAUGUCACCAGAAGUUUUCUGAACAGUUGUUUUCUUUUUGAGAGUAGUUGGAGGAAAGCAGUUUUAGAAACACAAAAGAUAAGGAAAGCAUUUGGUCUAGCAGAAUUCAAAGAAUGUGUCAAAAUGCCAUAUUUACCAGGACUGCCAACCUGCCAAAAGAGUAUAAGUUCAACUCCACUGGAGAUUCAUAAUCGACUACUGCACACGGACACCCAGAUGCCUGCAAUCAGGAUAAAGAAGACAAAGGGGACAUGCACCAUGAUACCACUUCAGGAGAAAUCAAAAGAUUCUGACUUCAGCGACCCUUUUACUGGAGCACCAUCUCAGUACUUACAGAGACUUUCCAAAAUGGCUCUAUUGGAGUGUAAUACCAUUCGUCAGGAAACAAGCAAAAAAUCAAAAAAAGGCAAGAAGCGAGAGUUACGAGACUGCUGA